AUGCACGAGGAGGAGAUAUACAGCUCUCUUCAGUGGGAUAGUCCACCCUCAGAGGCUGCUCAGAAAUGUCUGUCUUCUAGCAAAUGUUCAGGAAUAUGCUGUGUCACGACGGUGAUUUCCUGUGUGUUCUGUGUGGGCUUAUUAGCAACAUCCAUUUUCUUGGGCAUCAAGUUCUUCCAGGUGUCCUCUCUUGCAAUGAGUCAGCAGGAAAGACUCAUCCAGCAGGAUAGAGCAUUGCAAAACCUCACAGAGUGGCAGAGAAACUACGCCCUGCAGAUGAAAAACUGCCAAGCCUUGCAGCAAAGGUCUCCUCCUUCAGGUAGUAACUGCAGCCCUUGUCCACACAACUGGAUUCAGAAUGGACAAAGUUGUUACUAUGUUUCUCAAAUUUGGAAAAUUUGGAAUGGCAGCAAGGAAAAUUGUUCAAAGGAGGGCGCAAGACUCCUUCAAAUAGACAGCAAAGAAGAAAUGGAUUUUAUCGUCUGCAGCCUGUGGAAGCUCAGAAGAGGGGUUGAAUACUGGGUGGGAGUGUAUCAAGAGGGACUCAGCAGAUCUUGGAUCUGGCAAGAUGGUUCCUCUCCUCCCUCUGACUGGUUGCCAACAGAGAGUCAGUCAUCAGUCAGCCAGACCUGUGGAUACCUCAAAGACCGUUCCCUCUUCUCGGCUAACUGCAGUAGCAGGAGAUACUUUAUCUGUGAGAAGAAUGUAUUCAGAUCCUGCAUCUAAAAAACAUCUUAAAGCCACCUCUGAUGCACAAAGCUUUAGAAGAAGUAAGUCAAAGAGCAAAUGCAGGAGGAGACGGGUGUGUGGGCCAUGAAGGGCAACUGCUUUUAUAUUUAUGUGCGGCAAUAUUUUUGAAAGCUUUGCAGAUUUCAGUUGAACUUA